GCUCCUACCCUCAUCUAAAGUUACGAUUGUUGAAAUACCGGAUCCUUCUGGGCCACCUACCUAGAUAUAUGGUAUGGACUGAUAAUUUCAAGAGCACUCGCAAUGCUGCUCUAUCCUAUAUUCGAAAGGAAUCCUUGGACAUCUACAACCGCCUCCACUCAAUUGACGAAGAUAUAACUUUUGUCAACCAAAUUCUGCCAAUUCUCCCGAAUUUACGAUGCGGCGCAUGGUACACGGACCCCAGCACUUCAACAUCCAUCCCCGCCUACUUCAAGUCCACCGAUGGCCAUUUUUCAAACUGGAGCUUCAACUUGAGACGUCCAAACUUGCACCUACUGGCGUUAGUGGAGGAGCAGAAAGGGAUGAUCCUUGUCGAUUCUACAAGAGCAGGAAAGAAAAUUCCCGAUGCACUGUCCAAGACGGUUCCCAUCUGGUGCGCAGUUGUCAACCGAGCUAUGCGAAUCCGGCAUCCGGAAAUCACUACCGACUGGGAUACGAAUCUUUACACCCCACCUUCAACCGUCAGUAGUCAAGAGCACGACCAGAUUGUCCCAUUGCUAGAUGGUUGGGCAGAGGCGCUUGCUAAAUCAUCUUAUGCUCUCCCCCAGCUCCAAUAUCCGCUCCGCCCAAUGUGGAUCACACCUUCAACCUCAUCAUUCCCUCAAAUUGGCUCAGAUGCCGGUUUCUACCCUAUCAUAUGCGUAUCCGCGUCGAAGCAGGUUGAAGACGGCCUAGAGCGCCGGUCAAGCGGGUUCUCAUACAUCCAAGGGUCUGGUGACGACCAUGAAGCCUGGGGGAUGGGUUUGGUCCCGGACAUCUUCUGGAGCCAUAAAGCAGAACUAUUAUUAUCCAGCCAAACAGAGCUCCAAAGUCUCGUUACCUCCAUAGUUGCAGCAUCACCUACUCAAAUGGGGGAACCUCCGACGAUCCUUACAAAGGUUGGUUCUCGUCUUGCGAUAUGCCAAAACUCGGGAUUGCCUAGCCCUUCCCUCGGAGACGAUUUCGUGUAUCUCGUUCUUAGCGAGGAUGAUAUCCAUAUCGGGGGCGGCCUGCAAGUCAAGCGGAUCAAAACUUUACCAGGCAAGAAAGGGCAGAAUCAGUUCUUGAGCACCGUGCUUCCUCAGGCCAUGUCGUUCGUUCAGUCCGCGUUGGCCGAGGGGCGUUCGGUCUGUGUAUCUUGUGACACAGGCAAGGAUGUCAGCGUGGGUGUAGUCGUCACAGCGCUGCAAAUGUUCUUCGAUGACAAUGGGCAUUUUGCUAUAACAAGGGGUCCGCGAAAAGUUGACAAACACUCUAUUCGUACACGACUAGAGUGGAUUAUUUCCGAACGACCUCAAGCGAAUCCAUCCCGGAGUACUCUAAAGAGGGUCAACGAGUUCCUCCUUUCGCCAGAGGUUACAGGUAGGCAUCUCACCCUCUCAGAGACGGUCUAACAAUGGCCGUGGAAUAAUCUUGUGCAAUGACACUCAAUCUGGGCUUCCUGUCCACGCUGAGAAAGAUGACCCGGGAAAAUGACCAGCGCCGUCCUGAAACGAAAUGAAGUACGGUAGAACUACUUUGUGCGCGUGCAAUAUUUGUAGACAAUGCAUUCCCCUGGCAUUUGCGUUCAAUUGCGUUGCAAAGUGUUUGAUUUACAUAACAUUCCAAACUGGUCAUUUGAAACACAAUCAUACAAGGGUAUUGAGGAUAAACGAGAGACCCCAGAUAAAACGACCUAGACUCUAGAGCU